AUGGAGCUCUGGCUCUCAAACGCAGUCCCUCUGACCCCCAAGCCCACGGCCCUCUUGGAAAAGAGGAAUCGACGGAAUUGGAUAGAUAUAGAGCAGUGUGAGGAGACGAGAUCGACCCCCGGACCGAGCAAGGCCCGCGCGCUGCUGCAUCCCUGCGUCCCGCUCGGACGUCCCGCCACCAUCGCCAUCAGGCCCAAGAGAAAGGCUGAAGGGGAUGCUAAAGGAGAUAAAGCCAAGGUGAAGGACGAACCACAGAGAAGAUCUGCCAGGUUAUCAGCUAAACCUGCUCCUCCAAAGCCGGAGCCCAAGCCUAAAAAGGCCCCUGCAAAGAAGGGAGAGAAGGUACCGAAAGGGAAAAAGGGGAAAGCUGAUGCUGGCAAAGAUGGGAAUAAUCCGGCAGAAAAUGGAGAUGCCAAAACAGACCAGGCACAGAAAGCUGAAGGUGCUGGAGAUGCCAGGUGAAGUGUGUGCAUUUUUGAUAACUGUGUAUUUCUGGUGACUGUACAGUUUGAAAUACUAUUUUUUAUCAAGUUUUAUAAAAAUGCAGAAUUUUGUUUUACCUUU